UGAAAGAAUUUAAUUAACCGGUUUUCAAAAUUUAUCAUGACUUUGUAUUCAAAUUUUUUAAAUUUUUUUAAUGAAGAAUUUGUACUGCGGUAAUUUAAUUUAUUUAAAAAAACUAAAAUUCCAAUUAUAAAUAAUAAUAAAUUAUAAAUUAAGUCCUAACCAAAAUUAUAAUAAUUAAAUAAAUAAAUUAAUUAUUGAUAAUUAAAAAUGGAUAUUGACGUGCAUCCGUUGACGAACAAUCCAACAGAAGCUUGGUCAGAGUUAUCACAGCAUCAGAAAGUUAUUAAAAUAAAUGCAAAACCACCUGCAGCUGAUGCUCCAACUAACAAAUUAAGAGUCGUCUGUAUGAGUGACACCCAUUCAUUGACACCAUUCAUUAAAUUUGACAUACCACGGGGUGACAUAUUUAUUCAUGCUGGUGAUUUUACAAAAUGCGGAAGCUUGCAAGAAGUUAUUGACUUCAAUACAUGGAUUGGCAAUUUACCUCAUAAACACAAAAUAGUUAUAGCGGGUAAUCAUGAGUUGAGUUUCGAUUCAACAUUUACUCAUCCAUUCACUCCUAAAAAUGUUGGAGACCGUCACAAACACACCGGGACAAGUAUUCUGGACGGCAUCCCAACUCUAGGAAUGUCUAAAGACACGUUAGCUGAAGCUAUCCAGACUAAAAAUAUUAAAAAUUAUCUCACUAAUUGUACUUAUUUAGAAGACUCGGAAGUAACUUUAUACGGGAUCAAAAUCUACGGAACCCCUUGGCAACCGGAGUUCUGUAAGUGGGCAUUCAAUGUCCCGAGAGGUGGUCCCUGUCUAUCAAAAUGGGACUUGAUACCCUCGGACACAGAUAUUUUGAUCACACACACCCCGCCAAUUGGUCACGGAGACUUGUGCUGCAGUGGAGUCAGAGCUGGAUGUGUCGAGUUGCUGACAAGUGUACAGAAAAGAAUAAAACCAAAGUAUCAUGUCUUCGGACACAUACACGAAGGAUACGGAAUAUCAUCAGACGGAAAAAUAAUUUAUAUAAAUGCAUCGACAUGUGAUCUCAAUUAUUUACCAAGCAAUCCUCCAAUUGUUUUUGAUAUAACAUUACCACCAGGUGUAGAAAAAACGUCCGAUUAAUUAUAAUUGAUUAAAUUUACAGGGUAUUUGUUACAAUCAAAUAGUCUAGAGUAUUCAAUUUAUUUUAUUUAAAUCAGUCAGUAAAAAUUGCUGGGAAAAGCCGAAACAAGGAAAGCUAGAAUAGUUUUUUUUGUUCUUCAUUAAAAUCAUGUAAAGAGAUAACAUAAAAAAAUUUAUGAGUCAAAAGUACUCCCCCACUCAUUCAAGAUUUUUUUCUACGGCAAUUUUUACUGAUUAAAUAAAAAUGACCAAAAUUAAUGGAGUGUAUUUUUUAAAAGUGCCAAGAACUAAGACUAUAAUUAGUUUUUGGAGUGAUAAAAAGUUAAAUAUCAUUUUAAUUGUAAUAAUUAAUUAAAGCUUGAGCUUAAUCUGUGAUUUUUUUAAAGCAUCGCUUGCACAACCAUAAUUUUAUUUAUUUAUUUAUUAAUUAAUUAUUCAAAAUAGUCAAUAAAUAAAUUUUAUAAAUUCGAAAGGAAGGAUAAUUAA